AUGGGCUACGGAACGGUGUGUCCUGAGAAUUGCCCGGAGGCCAACCUCGAGGGCGGGCUACAGUGCGACUACUUCUACGAUCAGUCCCAGUGCCAGGAGAGCGGACAGUUCCCCAAUGUGCGCAAAACGGAUCAGUUCUGCAUCAGGUGCACGGGCAGUUUGAUCACGAAGACCGACGGCAAGUACAAGUUCUACCUGAGCUCGGACGACGGCACGCUCUUCUUGAGUGGGCUAAGUUCGAUCAUGUACCUGAAUGGGGCGAAGGUCGUGGACAACGAUGGCUGCCAUGGGGAAACCGAGAAGCACAGCGAGGAGAUGUUCCUUGCGGCAGGUGUCCAUAGCCUGGUGGUGGACAUGUGUGAGGUGGGUGACGGUGAAGUCUUCAAGAUGAGCUACCAGGGCCCGGACACUGGCAACUCCAAGAUCACGGUUCCAACAUCUGCGCUCAAGCACUCAGUCAAGGCCAGAACCGGCAAGCAGCACUUUCAUCAGCACGGCUUUAGGAAACGAGCAACAAGUGAGCGCCAGUAUGAUUACUUCGAGUUAGUGGGGCACGAAAGGACCCCAGCCCACAGCGCCAUCGUGCCGGAGAUCUACAUGGAGCACGGGCAGUUCCCCAAUGUGCGCCAAGGCGACAAUUUCUGCCUGAGGUGCAGCGGCUACCUGGUCACCGAAAGCUCGGGAAACUACAAGUUCUACCUCGCCUCAGACGAUGGCUCUCUGCUGCACUUGAACGGGGAGAAGCUCGUCGACAACAACGGCUGCCAUGGCGAAACUGAGAAGCACAGCCACGAGAAGUUCCUUGUGGCAGGUGUCCAUAGCCUGGUGGUGGACAUGUGUGAGGUGGAUGGCCACGAAGUGCUCAAGAUGCGCUACCAGGGCCCGGACACUGACAACUCCAAGAUCACAGUUCCCAUGUCUGCUCUGAAGCACGACACGAAGCACUUGGCGGAUGGCCUGACGUGCGACUACUUCUACAACCAGGCACAGUGCCAGAUCCCUGACCUCGCUGCCAUGACCCCAGCCCACACUGAAAUUCUGCCGGAGAUCUACGUGGAGCACGGGCGGUUUCCCAACGUGCGCCAAGGUGACAAUUUCUGCUUGAGGUGCACUGGCCAUUUGGUCACCAAGAACUCGGGCAAGUACAAAUUCUACCUCGCCUCAGACGAUGGCUCCAUCUUGUACUUGGAUGGGGAGAAGGUCGUCGACAACAACGGCUGCCAUGGAGAAACCGAGAAGCCCAGCCACGAGAAGUUCCUUCCGGCAGGUCUGCACAACCUGGUGGUGGACAUGUGCGAGAUGGGUGGCCACGAAAUCUUCAAGAUGCGCUAUCAGGGCCCGGACACCGGCAACUCCAAGAUCACGGUGCCCAAGUUCGCGCUAAAGCAUGCCCAGGCAAUGCCUCAGCCUGCGGCCAAGUCGGCCAUGAUGGCCUGGUUCAAGAGUGAGGAUGCAGGUCCAGACUGGAAAAGUGCGGUGGGCAAGUGGCAGGGCCGUGUGACCAAGGGUAGUGUUUCCAGAAAAAUUGAAUCCGGAAACGGUGCCGGUCGUCCUGUGACCUACAUCAGCGGGGACACUGGCGCGGGCUACGACUUCGGCAAGAUCAUGACCUCGGACUAUUCCAUCUGCUCGGUCACACGAUAUCUGGGCGGCUCAAAGGGUCGCAUUCUCCAAACCAACUCCCACAACUGGCUCCAUGGCCACUGGCACGGCCGUGCUGGGGUGGCUCAUUACGAUACAUGGGUCACCCCACACGAAGGACCAGAUUCCACCGACUGGCUCGUGAUGCUUGGCGCUGUCCACGCAGAUUUCCAUCUGUUUGUCAACGAGGGCGUUCACGAGCUCUCCGACUUUGGCGUCAUGGAGGUCAUUGUUUGGAAUCGCGCGUUGACCGAAGAUGAAAUGUGGGCCAGCAUGGAGUACCUGAAUUGGAAAAUUCAGGCAACACGUGAGCCUGCGGCCAAGUCGGCCAUGGUGGCCUGGUUCAAGAGUGAGGAUGCAAGUCCAGACUGGAAAAGUGCGGUGGGCAAGUGGCAGGGCCGUGUAACCAAGGGUAGUGUUUCCAGAAAAGUUGAAUCUGGAAACGGUGCCGGUGUUCCGGUGACAUACAUCAGCGGGAACACUGGCACGGGCUACGACUUUGGCAGGAUCAUGCCCUCGGACUAUUCCAUCUGCUCGGUCACACGAUAUCUGGGCCGUUCAAAGCGUCGCAUUCUCCAAACCAACUCCCACAACUGGCUACAUGGCCACUGGCACGGCCGUGCUGGGGUGGCUCAUUACGGAACAUGGGUCACCUCGCACGAAGGACCAGGUUCCACCGACUGGCUCGUGAUGUGUGGCAGCCGUGGGGGAGUUAUUUUCAAGGGCCAAGAAAGAAGGAACAUCGCAACGCGGCACGGCGUCCACCGCGGAGACUUCCAUUUGCUUGUCAACGAGGGCCAUGGCGAGUUCUCCGACUUUGGCGUCAUGGAGAUCAUUGUUUGGAAUCGCCUGUUGACAGAAGAUGAAAUGUGGGCCAGCAUGGAGUACCUGAAUGCAAAGCUGGGGAAGUGA